AAAGAAGCAGAGAGGGAGACUAAAAAAGCCGCUUCAAUUGUGCUUUUCUUCAGCAUCUCUCUCUUGUUAGGGUUUCUCUCCCUCUCCCCCACUCUCUCUCUAUCUCUCUCUCUAUCUAUCUCUCUCCAUCUGUUUGCAGAGGGAGAGAGGAUCUCGACCGUUGGAUUCGAAGAUGCUCGACGUCUCGCGCGUGCAGAAAGAGCUGGUGGAAUGCAAUCGAGAUAAAUCGACGUCGGGCGUCAGCAUAGAGCUCAAUGGCGAUGAACUCUCGCAUCUCUCCGGGACGAUCAGUGGGCCCGUCGCUACUCCUUACGAGGGCGGCACCUUCCAGAUCGACAUCCGAUUGCCCGAUGGGUAUCCAUUUGAGCCUCCAAAGAUGCAAUUUAUAACAAAAGUUUGGCACCCCAACAUAAGCAGUCAAAAUGGAGCAAUCUGCUUGGACAUUUUGAAAGAUCAAUGGAGCCCUGCCCUCACUUUGAAAACAGCACUGCUUUCUUUACAAGCAUUGCUCUCUGCUCCAGAGCCUGAUGACCCUCAAGAUGCUGUGGUAGCUCAGCAGUAUCUCCGUGAUUACCCCACUUUUCUUGGCACAGCUCGCUACUGGACUGAGGCUUUUGCCAAAAGGGCAUCAGUUGGAACUGAAGAAAAGGUACAGAAGCUGUUAGAGAUGGGAUUCCCGGAGGCAUUGGUGAGGGCGACUCUGGAAAGUGUUGGUGGCGACGAGAACAUGGCUCUUGAAAAGCUUUGCUCAUGCUAGGGCAAGAGUUGUCUCAACUUGGAAUGUACAGUUUGCAUGUUUGCUGCAAAAGAAAAAAGGUCUUACACGCUCUCUGCUUUAUCAGUCUGUGCGCUAGUCAGCUUCUCUUAAUCUCUUUGGACAGCCUAAAAUUAUUACUGAUGUAUUCAGACCAGGGAGAGAAAAUCCCACGUAUAUUUUCUAAUAUCAUAGAUUUCAUUGUCCAUUCUUAUUUCA